CAGAAGAGGGGGUGGUGUCUCAGUAGCGCAGGCGCAGUUGUGUGUUGGGGGGGUAAAAUGGCGUUCCCAAAGUAUAAGCCGUCGCCCUGGGCUACUCUUCCCCCUACCCUUGACCCAGCAGAAUACGAUAUAUCUCCGGAAACCCGGAAGGCGCAAGCCGAGCGCUUGGCUAUAAGAGCCCGGCUUAAACGAGAAUAUUUGCUUCAGUUCAACGACCCAAGUCGCCGAGGGCUCAUCGAAGAUCCUGCUUUGACUCGUUGGACCUACGCGAGAUCAGCUAAUGUCUAUCCCAGUUUCAGACCCACUCCUAAAAACUCACUGAUAGGAAUUUCAUUUGGACUUGGGCCCCUCAUCUUCUGGUACUAUGUUUUCAAAAUGGAUAGGGACAGGAAGGAAAAGCUUAUCCAGGAGGGAAAAUUGGAACGGCCACUUAAUAUCUCAUAUUAAAUCUGGCAAAGAAAAC